UCGGCGGUUGCGGCUGAGACUCCGCGCUUGGGGUCCCUAAAUUUAGGCGCGCCGGGCCAUGCUCUCGAUGCGAGUCGUCGCGGAUGCCUGCUCGCCGCUUCGGGACAGGGUACAUGCGUCCACGUGAAGUUGCGCCUAGCGACAACGCGCCUCGCAAGCCCCUCCCGACAUUGUCGUCUAGUCAACCAGUUCCUCGCAGCGCUGGACGAGUGACCAGGCAAGCGAACUACGGCGGCAACUGUGAACCAAGAGUGCUUGAACAUUUGGCAGAACAAGUGGGCGCAACGACGGGCUACAGAGAAUAGUCGUCGACGAGUGUCCACCUGUUAUUACCUACAGUUGCAUUUGAACAUUGUUUAGUUUGGAUUUGCCAGCCCAAUAUCUCUGUUGAACGUUGCAGUGCGAAACUGCAUGCGCCGAACUUUUAAUAGGAACAAAGUUAGAGCCUACGAGAAGGAUGAUUAACUGCGUUACGAUUUGAACGUACUACGUUCGUUAGGAACACGAGUGGCCCCUACCAUACAUUGCCAACAUGCUGGAUAUCAUACGUAGCCUGAAAUCGCUCCUGAAGACAAGCCGCGUGCAUAUUGAUAACGAAGUAUUUCGCCUACACUACACGGCCACGGUCAUUAUGCUGCUCGCUUUCUGCAUCGUCGUCACCACCAAGCAGUUUGUCGGAGACCCCAUUGACUGCUCCAAGUCCACAGACGUGCCCCAGAGCGUCAUUAAUACCUACUGUUGGAUUCAUGCUACCUACAGUGUGACGAGUCUUAUGCGUCAUGACUUAGACACAAUAGUGUACCCUGGUGUUGGACCAGGCAGCUCUAGUAACGUGCUCAGCGGUACAAAAGAUCACAAGUAUCAUCGAUACUAUCAGUGGGUCUGCUUCAUGCUGUUCUUCCAGGCCACAAUGUUCUACCUUCCGCGAUGGCUGUGGAAGUUCUGGGAAGGUGGGAAAAUUCAAGCGCUCAUGAUGGAUUUGGACGUCGGGAUGUGUGGCGAAGCGGAAAAGAAGCAGAAGAAGAAGCUCCUGGUCGACUACCUGGUGUCCAGCCUGAAGCAGCACGACUGGUACGCGGCGCGGUACUUCUUCUGCGAGCUGCUCGCGCUCGUCAACGUGGUGGGCCAGAUGUUCCUGAUGGACCGCUUCUUUGACGGCGAGUUCCUCACCUACGGGCUGGACGUGAUCCGCUUCCUGGACCAGGACGACGAGGAACGGGUGGACCCUAUGAUCCGAGUAUUUCCGCGAGUCACAAAGUGCCAGUUUUUCAAGUUUGGCCAGUCUGGGAACCGGGAGACGCACGACGCGAUUUGCAUAUUACCGCUAAAUAUUGUGAACGAAAAGAUCUACAUAUUCCUCUGGUUCUGGUUCAUCCUGCUCGCAGCAGUCACUGGCAUGGUUGUGUUGUUCCGCGUUAUCAUCACUGCCUGCCCACCGGUGCGCGUGUACCUGCUAAACCUACGCUUCCGCAUCGUGCACCUGGACCACCUGCAUACCAUAGUGCGCCGGAGCUCCCUCGGAGACUGGUUCCUCAUUUAUAUGCUUGGUCAGAACGUUGACUCCAUCAUUUUUAAGGAGGUGAUUUCCGAGAUGGCCAAGCGCAUGACCACCGAGCCCAAGGAGUCGUCCGCAUGACGACGCGAGUCCCGGCCGCCGCCGCUCGGCCGACACCCUUUCCACGCAGUGCCUCCGCCGCCGCACGAAGACGUCUGACGCAACCCGGAUUACAGCGUGUUACCGUGGCGUAGUGUCAUCAGGACGGCGGGGUCUUACCUUAGCCCGGAGGAGCAGCAUGUGCUGCCUUUGUUCACUACAUGUUCUUCUCUUUUUUAGUGCGCAGCCGAGAAACUAAGCUCUACGGCUCGUCACAUCUACGGUAGUCAAGUGGUGAAGCAGCCAAAGGUAUAGUCUUGCGCACUAUCCGGGACUGAAACCACCGGUACAACCCGAAAAUCCUUGCCUUAAAUUGUUAUACACCGUGCAUUGUUGAUAGUGCAAAUUCAGUUACGUUCUUGCACUGUUGUAAUGUUUGGUGCAUGGUAUCAUUUUGGUAAAUGUUUUGUUUUGCUUGGGACUGGUUGCACCAACACAGCUUGCCAUUCCUACGGCUCGUGAGCAAUUACUGCAUUAAUGAAAAGAGGACCAUAGCUCAUUCAGGUAAACAGACCAUGUGCUCGACACUUCACAAUCGUAAUUACUGCAUAGCCCAUUAUACUGUUUCGUUCAGUGUAGCGUUGGUGCAGCUAGUUCUGUUUUAGGUAUUUGUGGAUGUUCUCUUGAAACGUAACCACAGAAGCUGGAACAUGCUACUGUGAUUAGGGUUCAAGAAAAAGUAUUUUACUCGUUUGUGCCUGCUUAGCGGGCAGAGUCUAAGAGUGACACAUAUCUCUUACCUUUGAGUCCUCCAGAGAUCUCGAAGACUACAAAUAUUUGCUCUUGUCCACUUCCUAGCGGCAAGUUGGGCGCUCAAUAAUGGAGAACGCUGUAUCACUUGUGACGCGCACGUUUAUCCCUGGUGCUUUUCAUAAGCUCUCUUCUUCUAUUUUACUGUGCUUAACCAUUUGAACGAAUAUUUAGGACGCACUCGCUAAGCCAACUUGUCUUCCUGAAGAUUCACAGUAUGCCAGCAAAAAAUAUAUAGUUUUUCUAACUUUUCGAUCUUUACAAUGAAAUAAAAUGUUGCCAGAUUCAUCUUUUUAGCCUUGUGUGCGAGCCAUUCCAGCUGGGCACCAGUGUUAUGCCAGAUUCCGCCAGACCGAAAGUGGUGCCGCAGCCACAAAAAACGUGCUUAGUUGCUAGAAAUGGCCACGAUCACAAUUUAUGCGAUAAUCUCGGCAUUUACUUGUCUUUGCUUAUAAAAUUAUGUUCCAUUUUUCUAGUAAGAGGUCAUCUCCACCCCACUUAUUCGCAUGUUCCAGCUGUUUCCAUCGCUUUGCACGGGAGACUGCUACGUCGUCGAAAGCUGGAAAAACCAUUGUCGCCCCAGAAUCCAGCCUAAGACAUGUUAUUGCAUUCGCUCUCUUUGUUCAGUGAUGGAUGUUAUAAGAAACCUUAAGCGCGCCUGAGUACAUGUUUCGCGUUUCAUUCUCUCGAGUUCAAUGUUAUAUGUGUUUACUCUACCUGAAAAUGAAACGCUGGAUUCCACCCACAAAAGAAAAAGAGACCGGAAAAAGAAAAAUGAAUUAUAUAGCAUAACAUCUCUCGAUCGUCAACUAGAUGAAAUUUGUUGAUGGGAAUUGAAAGGAGGUCCCUCAAAUUUUUCUGGAACAUUCUGUCGCUAAUGUUUCGCUAUUUCAGUUCUUGGUAGGUUGUAAUCCUUGGUUUACAAUUUGGAAUCGUGCAGUCAAAUGACAGUGCUUACAGCGUUAAAGAUGGAGAAAAGAGCAGCCUGUGAUUUGACCAUGUUUUUGCUCUGCAGUUCACUCAACAUUCUUCACUGAUGGCUUUAGUCCCCACGGCAAAUCGCAAAAAAAUUGAAUAGAGAGAGGGCCACAAGCUAAAUUACCUAAAUAAAAUGAGAAUAUAUGUUUAACGUGGCUCGAGACAUUAUUCCUCAGACUACAAACGAAUUUAUCCUUCAUUUCACCCACUAUUGCAAAUAUAUUCGUUUCCAGCAACCAUGUUCCACAUUUCUUAACGCGCGCAACACAAGUAUGUAGUGAUCUCUCCGAACGUUGACCUUCCCCUCGAUAAUCCCAAUUGACUCGAAGAAUACAUAAAGCAAGUAACCCAUUCCAUAUAAGACACGCGGGAUAAGACAGCGGCAUCCGUGAAGACUUGCUGCGCGUUGGAUAAGCACGAAUAGAAUAGAAAUUAUUAGAGAAUGUGCUCCAGUCAUCGUUAUCUCGACUAAGAUGGUGUGGCGCACUAAUGCACUGUUCCCUGGGCAACAAAUGGGAGGUGAUGCUUCUUGCGAUGGCUUCAGCUAUUCGUUAAGGUACAUUUUGUUUCUUCAGACAAUUCGUCCUGUCUUUCGAUCAUGAUGUUGUGGGGCUUGUGCAUCCCUGGAAAAUAUUGUACAUUUUUCGAAACAUUUGCAUGUUUAACGCCUUCGGCCUCAGGUACAGGUGCACAAGUACAUAUGCCUUGAGGAUUAGGUUUUGUAAAUGCUCAUUCCCAGCUCAACACUGUUCUAAUAUGUUAGAGAACACUGCCAAUCUGUAGAGAAGGCUUCGAGGAAAAUGUGGGCCCGAUAUUUCACUGCACUCUACCGAAGAGUACUUCGUCCAAAAUGUAGCCAAAUAUUGCGAGAGCUUCCGCCGGUAAACAACGCUC